AAAAUGGGUAACGGAUUGGAGAUGGACCAACCGAAAAUCGGAGCCGUGGAGUGGGUAAAACACACGCGAAAUUCUGACAGCACUGCCACCGACCUCUUCCCAAUCCCACACAGUUGAAACUCUCUCUCUCUCUCUCUCUCUCUCUCUCUCUCUCUCUCUCUCCUUUUCUUUUCUUGGCUCCUGCAAAUUCGACCCUUAAAAAAGAUUCCCAUCUUCUUGAUCCCUGAAAACCCUAAUCCCAGACUCGAUUCAAGAGAUACCCUCUUGGUCAAAAUGCAUGAUUUUUGCUUCACGAUCCCGUAUGGGUUGAUUCUUGUAUGCGGAGGAAUCAUGGGCUAUGCCAGUAAAGGGAGCACAGCAUCCUUGGCUGGAGGCGCAGGCACUGGAUUGCUGCUCGUCCUAGCUGGUUACCUAAGUCUCAAAGCUUUUGGCCAGCGGAAGAACUCGUACUUAGCCUGGGUUCUUGAGACAGCUUGUGCUGCCACACUCACACUGGUCAUGGGUCAGCGCUAUGCUCAAACCUCUAAGAUAAUGCCAGCUGGUGUUGUUGCUGGGAUCAGGUACUGGAGGAGAAAUCAUGCCCGUUUCUCUGCUUUUCAUUUGCAUGUUGGGAGUUCUAUCGCACUUAGUUUUACGAUACAUAUUUUCCUUACCUUCUACCAAAUAUUCCGAGAGUCUAGAAUGCACUCGAUUUGCACUGUUAGUGCCCUUUCUUUAUCAUAUUUCUUUUCGAGUUGGUUUCCUAUUUGUUGGAUAUCUGAACCACUGCGUUUUGUUUAUUAAGAAACUCAAUCACCUCCUUUUGUUUAUGAGGUGGGUUAAAGAUUCUUAUGAACAUACCAUAAUCCUUCCAUCUAAGUUGUUGUAACUGGGAAAAAUUAAGAAGAUUUGAGGUAGGCUUUUAUGGCGUUCUCAACUAGUAGGAAAUGAAACGGUUCUUGGGUGGUAACUGAUUCCCAUGUUACUCAGACAAGAUGGCAAGACUUCCAGUAUGCGAUUAAUGGGACACAUGGGCGGACCCACCUUGGGGCACGUGGGAUCACGUGCCCCCACGCUCUUUAAAAAAAAAAAAAAUCGUUGGUUUUGUGUAUAUAUUUUAUAUAUGUCUGAAUGUAUGCAAGUAGUCAUUUGUUGGUGUAGUGGUAGGGUGUUGAGGCUUCAAGCAAGAGUUGGCAAGUUUGAGUCACCCCCUGUGCGCUAUGUGUUUUUGUUUUUGUUUUUUCCCCCCUAAAAUCCUAACCAAGGUGGGUCCACUUCCCUAGCAUCUCUGAUCAUUUGUAUGGUAUAGAAUAUGAACCCGUAUAUUGCAUUUGUAUACUUUUGGUUCCCAAAACUUGUACUCAUAGAGUUAAUAAUAGGAAAAUAAAUGAUGAACAUGUGAUAAUUUUGUUUUAACGCAUAUAGUCGAGGUACGCAAGUUUGCCCAAGUAGCUGAUUAUUAAAAUACAUAUAUACUUUAAAAUUGUUAAUUUUUCAUGAAUACUAAAAUUAUUUUGGAGUAAAUGUGCUUAACUGUAACUGGUAUAUUAUGGUUACAAAAAAAAUUGGUGCCCCCACAA